CGACCCAAUGGGUGCUGGCUCCCGAGGAGAGGGCGGAGGAGAAGAGGAAGCAAAGCCAGUUGUGGGCCAAGUCCCCAUUCAUUGCAGUAGCCUGUUGGUUUGGGGUCCUGUGUUUCCAGAGUCAUGGAGGCGCUAAUCCCGGUCAUCAAUAAGCUGCAGGACGUCUUCAACACGGUGGGCGCCGACAUCAUCCAGCUGCCUCAGAUCGUCGUGGUGGGAACGCAGAGCAGUGGAAAGAGCUCAGUGCUGGAAAGCCUAGUGGGAAGGGACCUUCUUCCCAGAGGGACUGGUGUGGUUACCCGGAGACCUCUCAUUCUGCAGCUGGUCCAUGUUGCACCAGAAGAUAAACGAAAAACAACAGGAGAAGAAAAUGACCCUGCUACAUGGAAAAACUCAAGACACCUUUCUAAAGGAGUUGAAGCAGAAGAAUGGGGUAAAUUUCUUCACACUAAAAACAAGCUUUACACAGAUUUUGAUGAAAUUCGACAAGAAAUUGAAAAUGAAACCGAAAGAAUUUCAGGAAAUAAUAAGGGAGUAAGCCCUGAGCCAAUCCAUCUUAAGGUUUUCUCACCCAACGUUGUCAAUCUGACACUUGUGGAUUUACCAGGAAUGACCAAAGUACCUGUAGGUGAUCAACCCAAGGAUAUUGAGCUUCAAAUCAGAGAGCUUAUUCUUCGGUUCAUCAGUAAUCCUAAUUCCAUUAUCCUUGCUGUUACUGCUGCAAAUACAGAUAUGGCAACAUCAGAGGCACUCAAGAUUUCCAGAGAGGUAGAUCCAGAUGGGCGCAGAACUCUAGCUGUGAUCACCAAACUUGAUCUCAUGGAUGCGGGUACUGAUGCCAUGGAUGUAUUGAUGGGAAGGGUUAUUCCAGUCAAGCUUGGAAUAAUUGGAGUAGUAAACAGGAGCCAGCUAGAUAUUAACAAUAAGAAGAGUGUAACUGAUUCAAUCCGUGAUGAAUAUGCUUUUCUUCAAAAGAAAUACCCAUCUCUGGCCAACAGAAAUGGAACAAAGUAUCUUGCCAGGACCCUGAAUAGGUUACUUAUGCAUCACAUCAGAGAUUGUUUACCAGAACUAAAAACUAGGAUAAAUGUUUUAGCUGCUCAGUAUCAAUCCCUUCUAAAUAGCUAUGGUGAACCUGUGGAUGAUAAAAGUGCAACUUUACUCCAGCUUAUUACCAAAUUUGCCACAGAGUAUUGUAACACCAUUGAAGGAACGGCAAAGUACAUCGAAACUUCUGAGCUAUGCGGUGGUGCUAGAAUUUGUUAUAUUUUCCAUGAGACUUUUGGGCGAACUUUAGAAUCUGUUGACCCACUAGGUGGCCUUAACACUAUUGACAUUUUGACUGCCAUUAGAAAUGCUACUGGCCCUCGUCCUGCUUUAUUUGUGCCUGAAGUUUCAUUUGAGUUACUGGUCAAACGGCAGAUCAAGCGUCUGGAAGAACCCAGCCUCCGGUGUGUAGAGCUUGUUCAUGAGGAGAUGCAGAGGAUCAUCCAGCACUGUAGCAAUUACAGCACACAGGAAUUGUUACGGUUCCCUAAACUUCAUGAUGCAAUAGUUGAAGUAGUGACUUGCCUUCUUCGGAAACGGUUGCCCGUUACUAAUGAAAUGGUACAUAACUUAGUGGCAAUUGAGCUAGCUUAUAUCAACACAAAACAUCCCGACUUUGCUGAUGCUUGUGGGCUAAUGAACAAUAAUAUAGAGGAACAAAGAAGAAACAGGCUAGCAAGAGAACUACCUUCAGCUGUAUCACGAGAUAAGUCUUCUAAAGUUCCAAGUGCUUUGGCACCCGCCUCCCAGGAGCCCCCCCCUGCUGCUUCUGCUGAGGCUGAUGGCAAGUUAAUUCAGGACAGCAGAAGAGAAACUAAAAAUGUUGCAUCUGCAGGUGGUGGGAUUGGAGAUGGUGGUCAGGAACCAGCAACAGGCAACUGGAGAGGAAUGUUGAAAACUUCAAAAGCUGAAGAAUUACUUGCUGAAGAAAAAUCAAAACCGAUUCCAAUUAUGCCAGCAAGUCCACAAAAGGGCCAUGCUGUCAAUUUGCUGGAUGUGCCAGUUCCAGUUGCACGAAAACUGUCUGCCCGUGAACAGCGAGAUUGUGAGGUUAUUGAAAGACUCAUCAAAUCAUAUUUUCUAAUUGUCAGAAAGAAUAUUCAAGACAGUGUCCCAAAGGCAGUAAUGCAUUUUUUGGUUAAUCAUGUGAAAGAUACUCUCCAGAGUGAAUUGGUAGGACAGCUGUAUAAAUCAUCCUUAUUAGAUGACCUUCUGACUGAAUCUGAGGACAUGGCACAGCGUAGAAAAGAAGCAGCUGAUAUGCUAAAGGCGUUACAAGGAGCCAGUCAAAUUAUUGCUGAAAUCCGAGAGACUCAUCUUUGGUGAACAGAUCUGUUUAACACCCAGAUUUUGUUGACUUGAACCUCCUAGCUACUGCCUAACUGAGUAGAAGUUUAUUUAUGAACUCUUGUAUAUUGCAGUGUAUGAGUUUGCUCAUGCGAAGACUGGCUAUACGCUGAAAAGUAUACUCUGCAUUAUGAAACAAAUCACAUGUCUAAUUCACAUUUUUCAAGUUCCCUUUGAUACAUGUAUAUCAAGUCUGUCCGUUUCAAACUUACAAGUUUAUGUUGUACUGUACAAAGGAAUUUUGCCUGUGCAUAUGAUGACCCGUGUAACAUUUUUUAGUCUUAAAGCUGCAGCUGUAGUCCUCAAAAAGGAAGCUCCAGGACAUUUCAUGACUAUAAUGCAUGCACUAUUUUUAUAGACUGGCCUGGCUUUAAAAGAUGCAGGUUCCUCACAUAAUCAAUGUAUCUACCUAUCCUUCAUUUUUAUAGUCUUAAAAAACAAAACAAAAAGACUUGCUGUUAUAAGUAAUGUAUAAGAUCUGAAAGACUCAAAGAUGAAGAAAACAGACUGUGUAGCUAGUGGCUCCUCUGAGUCCAUACUGCCUUAGAGUCUUAGAAAUUACAAUAUGCUUUGAUUCAUAAUUAAGGCUGAAAACAUGAAUUGACUUUCUGCAUUAAAAAACAUUGGGAACUAUCCUGGUAACAAUGGCCGGUCUUGUUAGUUUCUGAAAAAUCUAAUGGAGACCUAGAAUUUCCCUUACUUACAAAUACAGCAAUAGCAGUUCAGAUACACCCUUAAUGUAAGGCACUUGCAUUGGGCUCCAAGAAGUGGUUCUUAAAAUUCUACUCUUACAUACACUGGUAAUGGUUACUUUAGUUCCAUACCAACAGAAUAUAUAAGAAAAAUUGUAUGAAAAUAGCAGUGGAACUUAAAAAAACCUGGACAUAACACAUACACCUAAAAAUUUGUAAACUAUUAAAUCUUAUUCAGGGUUGAGGGUAACAAAAUACAACCUAUUUUGUGAAAAUUGCCUGGGCAAUUCAUGGUGUAAACUAAGCAUUAAAAAUUUUUCAGACCAAAGUAGAAAUCUUUGGUGUAUCUAGUUCUAUCUCUGACCAAAUAAUACAUUAGUUUUAUAAAUGCUAAAAUCUCUUUUCAGGUUAUGGCCAGGCAUUUCAUGAAGUAUUAUUAGGAAGGAAAACAAGGACAUGUUAUCUUUAGUUUAUGAUACACAUUGAGUGAUCUCAAAUAUAAAAAGGCUCACUUUAGUCCAAUGAUACCAUACUCAGUCUGUUAAUAGUGACAGCUUGACUGUGAGUGCACACUGCCUAAAUAUGUUAGCACACUUAAAAAAAAUUCUGCCUUCCAACUAUUAGGUAUCCAUGAUUUAUUUUUCAAGAGAGAAGACUACCACUGUAGCCUUUUUAAUUUGUAAGGGGAAAAGAAUGUACCUUUAUCCAACAUUUCAAAUAGGUUGUAAAUGGGAGAUGUUAGCUUUAAAAAUACCCUAUUAUAAUGUACUUGUUAGCACUACACACUUUGUACAAAGAAAAACAACCAAGAAACGUAGGGAAAGAGAGAAGCUUCUUUUAUGUGCUUUUACACCGAGUUGUGUUCUGAAACAUGGAGAUAAUCUGGCAUAUUUACAAGACCACUGUAUGUUCUUUCUAUGUAAAUAAAAAUGCUGGUAUGAAAUGGCA